CGUUGAUUUCAUCCCUGUCACUUACAUCACAAAAUGUUAAAAUCACUUGCUUUGGCAGGUCACCAAAUCAUUAUUCUUUUUUCAUCUUCAAACACAUGUUGAGGAGGAAACGAGCUACUACCACAAAUCUGGAACCUGCAUCUAUAUAUUGUUUCAUCCUAACUUAUCAGGUCGGGUCCAAUUCAAUGGUCUUCAUUUAAUCAUUUUUAGAAAGAAAACCCAUUUCCCUCCCAUUAUCAUUUGAGUAAUUGAAGAAAAGUGUCGUGAUGGCCAAAACCAAGAGAAUCAUCAUCACCAUUCUCCUAAGGCUUCUAGCUUUUGGUGCGACUCUUUCUGCAACCGUAGUAAUGGUUACGAGCCAUGAGUCUGCCAAGGUUAUGAACAUAAAAUUCUCAGCAAAGUUCAGCAACUCACCAACAUUCAAGUUUUAUGUGACAGCGGAUGCAAUUGCAACCGGGUACGGCCUUAUAGUUCUCUUCCUGUCUUCAAGAAGGUCGGUUGAUCGCCUGAUUGUGAUUCUAGAUGUGGUCAUAGCGUUGAUACUAACUUCGAGCAUCUCAGCUGCUUUGGCAGUAGCUCAGAUAGGCAAGAAAGGGGACAGUCAUGCAGGUUGGCUGCCCGUUUGCAACCAAGUUCCAAAAUUCUGCGACCAUGUCACCGGCGCCCUUAUAGCUGGUUUUGUUGCAGCGAUAGCUUACUUGGUGCUCAAUCUGUAUUCUCUUCACGUUUUCCUCACUCCCCUUUUCCCAGUGUAACCUUAAACCAGAGAGAUGCAUGCUGAUGCUGGUAAGGAUUGGUUUAAGCUGCAGUCUUCUCUUGCGUACUUAUAGCUAUUUUUCUUCUAUCAACUGUUUAGUAGUCUCAUCUAGCUUUUGUAAAACGAACGUAAUGGAUCCCAGCCAACUUCUAAAAUUUAGCUGUGUCGUCUCUCGGUAGUUAUUGGAGUAGAAGAUGUAUAUUGUUUAGAUAUGUUAUAUUUGAUGGUUGAUAUAUUGAAGUGGUGUUUGUAUUUAAAUUUAUGUGAAUUAUAAAAAUGUAAGCAUGGUUUGGUAUUAUUAAAGCAGUCCUUUUUCUUUUUA